AUGAAUGCAUCCAAGGAGAAGCCUAUAGUACAUUUGACCAUUCCGAUUAUCGAAGGCCAUAUCAAUGAUGUUAGGUGUAUGAGAGGGGACUACCCAUUUGGGAACUUUGCUCCUCUAACUGAUGGCAUACUUGCAAAUGCAAAGCCAGACCACUUUUUUGGUGCUCGGCCUGAGCAGCUAAAUUGUCAAAUCCGUGAUGAGCUUAGCGACUUCAUUGUUCCGUCGACGCAGAAAGACCAUCUGAUAGCUCCAAACUUCUUUCAAGAGGCUAAAGGCCCCGACGGGUCAUCUGCUGUUGCUACACAGCAAGCUUGUUACAAUGGUGCAGUGGGGGCUUGA